GUCGUCAAAGAUUCUACGCUGUGCGGCCGAACGAAAUGCAAAGGUAAAUUAUAUAAAAUGAGAAUUUAAGAAUUUUUAUAAUUCCGUAGAAGAGAGAGAAAAAUUAAAAAAAUAAUAAAUAACUGUUGUUGGUCGACGGUUCACAGUGAGAGCGGACAAGAAAUUCAAAUACGAAAAGAACGUGUCGUACUGGUACAGAUACUCGGUAGACGUGAGCACGAAUCUGGGCAAUGUGUCGUCGUCGUUAUCGUUACCGGAUUUCCUUGGAAACGAGUCCACGCUACGAUUGGAUGCGGACUUGGUGGUUCGUUUCAACAGCCCUUGCGAGGGUAGCUUGAAGUUCGAGAACGCCAGCCUAAGUCACGAUCCUCGGAAAUACAAUCCGGAAUUCCCCGAUCGUGCCGGCGCGGAGUUCAAAGUGAAUUUGGAACGUUUCCCAUUAAGGUUUGCUUUCGAUGAUGGACGGAUUGAAGAACUCUGCCCGGACAAACGUGACCCGGUCUGGGCCUUGAAUCUGAAAAGAGGCGUGCUAUCCAUCCUGCAAAACACCAUGCACAGAUUCGACGUGGAUUACCGCGCCAAUGAGUUGGACGUGAAUGGCAUCUGCGAGACGAGUUAUCGUUUCCACGAAGUCAGACAGACCAGUCUGAUCGUGAAGAAAACGAAAAAUCUGUCGGACUGUUUGCACGGAGCGAAACAUUUCUCUGUCAUUCGUUCGAACUUUUACAAUAGUCCACGAUCGGGUGGCCGCGGAUCUCGCCACCCACUUCUUGAAUCCCGAAGCGAUUGCGAAUUAACGAUCGAUCACAACGUCUACGAGAAGAUUGUAUGCAACGAGUUUCAUCUGUUGGUACCGUUGUCGACUGGUAACACGGGCGCAAGAACCGAAUCGACGAUUAAACUUCAAUUGAUCAAAGAGUCCAGAAACGAUUACAGUUACAGCGACGAGUAUGAACAGAGCGACGAUUAUGCAGCUAGCCAAGAGGAAGACGAACAAGGAGAGGGGAAGAAUGAAAAGGAUAAACAUGGACGAGGAUCGAAUCGCACGAAAAGAACGAAUUUGUUAUACGAUUACUCGAAAACACCGAAGACCGUUCACGGCGAGUUGAGGAGUGCCAGAGAUUUGCUGAAAACAAUGUGUAGACUAGGAACGAACGUGGAUGAGUUGCAGCAACGAUUUUCCGAGACGUUCACUGCGUUUAUUCAGUCGGCGCGGCUUCUCGACUAUUCGUCCUUGUCGCAAUUAUUUGUCAGAGCCCACGGUAUUUGCAAAACUGGCAAGAAGCACAUAAUCGACGCAUUGCCAUUCAUUGGCAGCAAUGCAGCCUUAAAUGUAAUGAAAGAUCUAAUAAUAAAACGAUACGUCGAUCAUGCGACGAUCGACAAAUGGGUUAUCGCUUUCGCGUUAGUUCCUCGACCAAAUCAGGAUACAAUCAGAGCUUUGUCGCCUCUUCUCGAUUUUCAUCACCACAUUCCGGAUACACAGUUCAUCCUGAGCUAUUCCACGACGAUCUAUGGUUUCUGUUCUACUAAUGAUGUAGAUUGCACCAACAUCGAAGAGGUGACGCGAUUCCUUUCAUACCUGGAGCAGAAAAUCGAAAAGGGAUGUGCACCUCGAACGCAUUCACUUUCUACAGUGAAAGAGACGUUAGAGGUGUUGAAAGCAGUCGGGAAUAUGGGUUUGGAAACAAAAAGACUGCCAAAAUUAUUAAAGGAAUGCAUAGAUGACGUAGGAGGAUUUUUACCAAUGGAGAUUCGUGUAGCAAGUAUCGACGCUCAUCGUAGAAUGCCAUCCUGCGAGAAAACACGAGAUCUCUAUUUUUUGAAUUACUACCGGAAUUACAGUUUGGACACGGAAUUACGUAUCGCGUCUUAUUUACAAGUGAUGCGUUGCCCCGAUUACAAUGUCGUUAAAACAAUCAAGCACACGUUAAAGUCUGAAGAAAUUAAUCAAGUUGGGACGUUCGUUUGGAGCCAUUUGACAAAUGUGUAUAAUUCCGCUUCGCCAACCAGAGUCGAGAUACAAAGUCUUCUAACGGAUCGCGAUCUCGACGACAAAUUUAACAAAGACAGGAGAAAAUUUUCACGAAAUUACGACGGAUCCUUCUUCUCGGAGGAAUACAAUUUCGGUGCCAAUUAUCAAGGAAAUUUAAUCUUUUCUCCCAAAUCGUAUAUACCUAGAACCGCCACGUUCAACUUGACUUUCGACCUACUUGGCGAAUCGGUGAACGUUUUCGAAUUAACCGCCAGACUCGAGGGCUUUGAAUAUUAUGCAGAGAAGUUCUUUGGUCCUGACGGACCAUAUAGUAACGAGAAAGUAUCGGGUUUCUUUAAAUAUUUAUUCAGAAACUUCAGAGCGGCUCCAGAAGAGAAAGAAGACUAUUGGAAACGUGUGAAAAGCCUGCCGAAUAUUAUCGACAACGAGUUCAUUGAACCCAGAAUCAGUUUUAGCUACAAGUUGUAUUUGCACGAGGACAGUUUCAAUGGCGGAUUAGUUUUCGGAGAAUUCGGUGAUUUCGAGCUUGGAUUAUUUUCGUUUCGACGAAACGAAAAUAAGGCUUGCUCAGAGAGAACUAAGCUGAUUGACUGGAAU